AUGGUGAGGCUUAUGGUGUUCCUGCUUCUACUAUCACCUAUCCCAUGCAAAAUAGGUUGCAGGAAAUUCUCUAAGGAUGAACCCAUUCCUGUUCCACAUGAGUGGUAUCAGGCAGGGCACCUCCUCAUUGGUGGCAUGGCAUCUCAGAUGGUUUAUACUCUUCACACAUUGCAUUUUGAUCAGCAUCCUUCUCAGGACUUGUUUAAUGAUAUACUUUUGAUGAUAAAGUACAACCAACACAAUCUAGCACUGGCAUUUGCUGUAAAUGAGAUCAACGAGAAUCCCCAGAUCUUGCCAAAUGUCACCCUCGGAUUCCACAUCUAUGACAGCUACUUUGAUAUGAAAAUGACCUCCCGUACCACUCUGGACCUGCUUUUCAAGUUGCGGAGAUUUCUUCCUAAUUACAAAUGUGACACCCAGAAAUAUGUAAUAGCUGUCCUUGGAGCUCUUGAUGCUGCUAUCUCCUUCCAUAUGGCAGACCUCUUAGGACUCUACAAAAUCCCACAGGUCACCUAUGGCUCAUUUUUCUCAAAGGAGAGGGAUGCGACAGAAGUUUCUUCCUUCUACCGCAUGGUUCCCAAUGAAACGCAACAGUUUAUGGGAAUGAUUCAAUUGCUGUUGCAUUUUGGAUGGAUGUGGGUGGGCCUUUUUGCUGCAGAUGAUGAUGGUGGAGAGCAUUUCUUGAAGACCUUUGAGUCACUGCUUUCCCAAAAUGGAAUUUGUUCAGCCUACACUGAGAGAAUAUUAAACCAAGCAAAAUGGGAUACAAUGGAAGACAUGAUUGAUUUACUCAGUAACAUAUAUCGACCUUUCGAAUAUAGAAAAGUCAACACAUUAAUCCUCUACGGAGGAUCUAUUACCAUACUUUCAUUGAAUAAUAUGAUGUUUUUUGGUUCUUCUGGGCAAAAUAUUUCAUUAAGCAGGGUGUGGAUUUUUACAGCCCAAGUGGAUUUCAUGCUAUCUGGAGGACAAUGGAAUUGGAAUUUUGAUGUGUUCCAUGUUCUUGAGAAAUCAGAGACAGGAAGGAAAUGGGAAGGAGGUGGCUUGGGCACAGAAGCGUGGCUGGCCCUGGGGCUCCAUGCAUAUCUUCAGGGCAUAACAUUCAACAACUCUGCUGGAGAAACUUUGUCUUUUAAUAUUAACAAGGAAGUAGAAGCUGGAUUUGACAUCAUGAACAUGGUCACAUUCCCAAAUAGGUCUUUCCUGAGAGUCAAAGUUGGAAGGGUUGAUUCCUCUGCUCCCAAAGGGAAACAAGUCAUUAUUCAUGAGGAUAUGAUUGUGUGGCAGAUGACUUUUAGCCAGGGGCCUCCCCUUUCCGAGUGCAACGCUCACUGUCCUCCUGGUACUCAGAAGAAAAAGAAGGAAGGGGAGAAAUUUUGCUGCUAUGAUUGUGUCCCCUGCUCAACAGGGAAGAUUUCAAGCCAGAAGGAUGCGGAUGACUGCAUCAAAUGCCCAGGAGAUCAAUACCCAAGCAAGGACCAUGACCAGUGUAUUCCCAAGAUGCUGAGCUUUCUGUCUUAUGAACAACCGUUGGGGACUGGAUUAGCCUCCAUUGCACUUUUUUUGUCCCUAGCCACAGCCUUAGUGCUGGGAGUUUUCAUCAAGCACAAGGAUACCCCAAUCGUCAAAGCCAACAACAGGGACAUCACAUACACUCUCCUCAUCUCUCUCCUGCUCUGCUUCCUCUGUUCUUUUCUUUUUCUGGGAUGGCCUAGCAAAGUGGCUUGCUUCUUAAGACAAGUGGCUUUUGGUAUCAUCUUCUCAGUGGCUGUUUCUUGUGUGUUGGCCAAAACCAUCACUGUGGUUGUAGCUUUCAUGGCCACCAAACCGGGGUCCAGCAUGAGGAAGUGGUUGGGGAAAAGACUGGCCAACUCUAUCCUUCUUUCCUGUUCCUUCAUUCAAGCAGGCAUUUGUAUGGUGUGGCUUGGAACCUCUCCCCCUUUCCCAGAUUUGGACCUGCUCUCUCUGACUGAAGAGAUCAUCCUAGAAUGUAAUGAAGGAUCCGUCACUAUGUUUUAUGUUGUCCUCGGUUACUUGGGACUUCUGUCCCUCAUCAGCUUGAUUGUAGCUUUCUUUGCCAGGAAGUUACCAGACAGUUUUAAUGAAGCCAAAUUCAUCACCUUCAGCAUGCUGAUUUUUUGUAGUGUUUGGUUGUCAUUUGUUCCAACCUACCUGAGCACCAAAGGGAAAUAUAUGGUAGCUGUGGAGAUCUUCUCUAUCUUGGCCUCCAGUGCUGGGUUGCUGGCUUGUAUCUUUUCCCCUAAAUGCUACAUUAUUCUGCUGAGGCCUGAGUUGAACAAUAGGGAACUGCUCAGAAGAAGACAGAAUUAA